UCCUCUUUGCUCAUCGUCCUCAGUGUUCAGCGAGACGUCAUUCACAUACACACAAUAGGAGAGCACGUCAUGUUCUCCAAAUAAGCGCGCGCUUCAUAAGAAGAAUAAGACAGAAAGAAAGGCAGAGAGGGAGAGGGAGGGGAUAAAGUCUUAUUGUUCUAGAGCAGCGUGCACUGGAGGUGUGGCAUCUUCCGGGCGUUGUCGUGGAGACGGAGGACUGGCCAAGCUCUGUUGUCUUUCUUCCUUUAGGCUCAUCACCAAGACGCUGAUCACAGGGAGGCUGAUCCUUAUGGCAAGAGCCGCAGCCACAGGUGGUCAUGCUGCUCUCUUUGUUCUCCUGUGCUGUGGGCUUCUCCCUCCUACCGUUCCUCCUGUUUCCAUACCCCACCCAGGGUUGCCCUGCCCGCUGUGAGUGUUCUGUGCCCACACGCUCAGUCUCUUGCCACCGUAAGCGGCUGGCACAGGUGCCUGAGGGCAUUCCCAUCGAGACAAGAGCAUUGGAUCUCAGCAAAAACCGGCUGCGCAUUAUCACACCACAGAAUUUCUCUGGCCUCCUGUUGCUAGAGGAGCUUGACUUGAGCACCAACCUGUUGUCAUCUGUGGAGCCCGGAAGUUUUCGCGCCCAGCCGCGCUUACGAACAUUGCGUCUGCGCAACAAUCAGCUGACCCUCCUGCCUCGUGGUGCACUUGCCGGCCUGAGUGAGCUCACUCUGCUGGACAUCAGCCAGAACCGUCUGGUUAUCUUGCUUGAUUAUGGCUUUGAGGACCAACGGCGUCUGCGUGUGCUUGAACUUGCUGACAAUGAGCUGGUUUUUGUUGCACCCCGUGCCUUCAGUGGCUUGCCUGCAUUGCGCUCACUGACCCUGCAGCGCUGUAACCUAAGUGCUGUGCCCAGCCAUGCACUGGCGCACUUGCAUGGUCUAACCAGCCUUCGCCUUAGACAGCUGGACAUUGCAGAAUUGCUACCACAUACCUUUAAGGGCUUGGGCCGUCUGCGUCAUCUUGAGGUGGAUUAUUGGCCAGCACUGGAAGCUGUGCCCUCUCUUGCCCUGCAGGGUCUGAAUCUUAGCACGCUCUUCGUCACCCAUACCAAUAUUUCAACGGUACCAGUGUUGAGCCACCUGUCCUACUUGACCCAUGUGAACCUGUCCUACAGCAAUGUGAGGGUGCUGCCAGCUGGCUGGCUGCGUGGCCUGGAUAGGCUGGAAGUGCUGCAGGUACGCAAAGCUCAGUUGGUGCGUGUGGAGGCUCAGGCCUUCCAAGGGGCACUGUCACUCCGCCUGCUUGACCUCUCCUACAAUCGCUUGACUACGUUGGAAAGAGCCACACUGCCAGUGUCUGUGGCCCUGCAGAAUCUACUGAUUGGCCAGAACCCAUUAGUGUGUGACUGCCGUCUGCGCUGGCUACUUCAAAGGACACUGUCCCUACAGUUUGGGGAGGUGCAACCUCAGUGCACAACCCCUGCUGCUCUCGCUGGAAAAUCUUUCGGUGAUGUAGUAGAGCCACUGCUUUCUCGCUACGUCAUAUGCACCAAACCCAGGGUCAUUGCCAUGUCGACACAACCGGCCCAAGCAGAAGAGGGACAAAAGGCAUGGUUGUACUGCACAGCAGAUGGUGCGCCACCCCCCUCUGUCUCCUGGCUGACACCACACAGGCGGUACAUCACCAUCAAAAGCACAGGGCGCAUGGUUGUCCAUAGCAACGGUUCGCUGGAGUUCCGGGUAGUGGAGCCUCAGGACAGCGGCAUUUAUAUCUGUGUGGCAUCCAAUCCUGCAGGCAAUUCCACUCUCUCCAUAACACUAACUGUCAAAAGUCUGGGCCUUAGAGAUGGGGCUCUCUAUGCCAACCGCAGCUUCAUCUUUGAUCCUGAUUACAAUAGCUCAUCGAUCAAUGGCACAGAGCAUUACACAAUCAGGAUGGUUCUGGACUUUACUACCAUUCUUGUGUCUACGGCUAUGGGCUGUCUCAGCUUCCUGGGUGUGGUCCUUUUCUGUUUCCUGCUUCUCUUCGCUUGGAGCCGAGGCAAAGGCAAGCACCGAGGAAGUGUGGACAUCCAAUAUGUUCCACGCAAGAGGAAAGGGGCCAGCAGUGAGCUUACUGAGACCAGCGGCCCCAGACGUGUCAACAUGAAGAUGAUCUGAGAGCCAGAUGGUUCCCGAAAGCAUUAUCUUGAUCCACUGAUAGCCAAUCUGCAAGAUAGAAGAAAAAGGAAAAGGAAAAAGACCUGUAUCUAUGGUGGCCAGUCAAGAUUGGCAUGAUAAGCAGCACACUGUUUCAGUUUGUGUGCUUUUUUGUGAAUGUACUUUUGAGGUUCCUAUGACAUAUGUACGUAUGAAUAUACGUAUGUCAAUCGAAAUAUAGUGUGUGCAUUUAUGGGCAUGUGUGUGUCUAUAUUAUAUGGAUGUAUUCAAUUGUGAGAGUUUACACAUACUAUCCAAACAGAGUCAUUUAUCAAAAAAAAAGUAUUUGUAUGUCUUCUGCAAUGUUUUGUCUGGACAGCAUUAAUUGGACAGCACAGACAUGGGCAGAGGACACAUUGUUGUAUAGAUAUCAUGUUUGUGAGGAAAAAUGAUCUAUUUAUACAUUUUAGGUUUACCUAUUAUUAACCUUGGAAUUGCUGCAAAAACUCAAACUGUCUUCCCCAACAAGUAAAUUACAUACAGGAAGAAGCCUCAGCACUACUGUGUUGUGAAGUGUUUGGUUUUGCUCCGAAUAUCUUUUCUCCCCUGGGAGAUCCUGAAGUUACAGGAGCCUCUGGGAAAAGACAAACAUCAUCUGCCAUUUUAUUGUUAAAAAAAACAAAACAAAAAAAAAUUUACAGUGUGUUGCAA